UGGACGGUUUUAGUGAGUUCUUUAAUACCGGUUGAGUUUCGUUUUCAAAUAAUUAAAAAAAAGUUAAAACUAGAUCCGUACCAAAAUGCUGAAGCAACAAUUGAGCCUCGCCUGCUUGUCAGUCAUUUUGCUGGCAUCCACCCAAAUGGUGGCCAGUCAAGUUUUCCAUUUGGGCCGUUGUCCCAAAGAUAUCACCACGGUGCAAGACUUUAAUGUGACUGCGUAUCUGGGCCUUUGGUAUGAAUAUGCCAAGUAUCCCUUCAUCUUUGAAGCCGGCGGUAAAUGUAUCCAAGCUGAGUAUGGUGCUAAGUCCGACACCCAGGUUACGGUACUCAACACACAAACUACAAUACUCAAUACAAAGCAAUCAAUUGAAGGAGUCGCAACAAUCGAAGGACCUGGCAAACUCUCAGUUACCUUCACUGCCAUAAUCUCUCUCCCCGGUUCAUCUCCUUAUUGGGUUUUAGCUACCGAUUAUACUAGUUAUGCCGUUGUUUACAGCUGCACAAACUUGGGACUGUCACACACACAGGUUGUUUGGAUCCUUACACGCGAUCGUACUCCAUCUGCAGAAAUUAUUAAGGUGGCACAGGAUGCAAUUACUGCGAAAAAUUUGUCAUUGAGCUACUUGGAAAUAACCGAUCAAUCGAACUGCAAAUAGUUUGAAGCGAUACGGUUUUGGCAUAUGUCGAAUAUGAAAAUGAUAUCGGUUUAACAUAACACUUGUUAACCAAGUAAAUAUCUGUUCAUAAGUGUGUCAAUAAUUUUGUAAAUAUUGUUGAAAAUAAAAUAUGUAUCACAAGUAUUUGUUGAAA